ACAAUACGAUCUCAACUUCCGGCACGUGGAAGUACAAAAUAAAAACAACGAAAUAAUGCCUGUUACUUCAACCGAGGAGAAACCCAUACAGUUGACAUUGGAAGAUUUUAUUAAAACACAUGAACCACAGUUACGAUCAUCAGGUGUACCUGAACAUCUAUGGAAAUCAUUAUUUAUAAAGCUUGCAGGACAGGUUUAUGAUGCUGGCAGUAGUUUUCAGAUAUUAUGUGAAGAAAUAGAAGAUGAAGAUGGAGACAUAGUUGGUCAGGAAUGGAAGGUGGUUGUUAUAAAUGACAAUGGUAUUCAACUAAGUGAUUACAAUAACAUAUUUUUGAUAGACCAUGCAUGGACAUUCAGAGUUCCUGAAGCUAGGGGUUAUCUGGAACAGGUUCCUGGGUUGAGGGGUCGAAUGGCAAAUCUGAUGGACAUUGACCAAGAAGAUAAAGAUACAGAAGUUAUUAUUGAAGAAAUUUUGAAAGAAAUGUGGCGAUUCAAUCAGACAUUUAGUUUUGGUCAUUAUGAAUUUGGAGCAGAAGAAUCAUUACCAUUUUGGUACAUUAUGGACGAAUUUGGAUCAAGAGUCCAAUAUUCUGAUGAACCAACUUUCAAGAUGGAACCAUUUUAUUUUUGUCAUCAACAAAUGGCUUAUACGUUAAUGUGGCCGGUAGGUGAUUGUGAUAAGGGAGAUGAAGUUACAAGAAAUUAUGUUGAAAAUACAUCGGACCCAUUAGUUCGUCAAGCUAAACUGUUACCAUGGAAACCUAUUGAUAUGACUGAUGUUGACUGUACACAAGAAGAACCAGAUGAGGCUUUCUUCAUGAGUAACAGAGUCAAUGAAAAUUUACCCAAUCUGUCUGCUGAAUCUCCAACUUUACCUAAAGAUCGUAGUAUCAAGGUUUUUAUGGAAUACGCAAAUUUAGCCAAACAUCUCACAGAUCCUCGAUUUGAAAUUGUACAUGAUGAAGAGGAAGCUGAUAUAUUAUGGUUAAAUAAACACUAUAAGGAUUUUAAAGGUUUAAGUGAAGAGAAACCAAAUGUGUUUAUUAAUCAAUUUCCUCAAGAGUUUAUCAUCACAGUUAAAGAUAUGUUGGCUGUUGUCUCAAGGCGAGCAGCUACAGAACAAGAAAAAACACAAAAAAUAUCACCUGGUCCAAAAUGGCUACCUGUAACCUACAACUUAGUGACAGAACUUCCCAAGUUUGUCUCAUAUUACCAACAGAGAGAGGCACUAGGCCUUGAUAAUCAUUGGAUCUGUAAACCGUGGAAUCUAGCUCGGUCAAUGGAUAUGCACAUCACUAAAGAAAUCAGUACAAUAGCACGGUUAGCAGACUCAGGACCUAAGGUAGUAUGUAAAUACAUACACAACCCUGUUUUAUUUAACAGACAAGACAUAGGAAAUGUCAAAUUUGAUUUUCGUUAUAUGGUUUUACUAGCUGACACCCAACCAUUGAAGAUCUAUGCUUAUCAUGUUUUCUGGCUGAGGUUUGCAAAUAGGCCAUACAGUUUAGAUCAUUUUGAGGAAUACGAAAAACAUUUUACUGUAAUGAAUUAUGAUGAGAAUGUGGUUUUGAAACAGGUUCAUUAUGAUGAGUUUAUACCUAUGUUUAAUGAACAAUAUCCUGAUCAUCCUUGGGCUGGUAUAGAGCAAGAAGUAUUUCAAAUGAUAAGAGAAUUAUUUACAGCUGCUACAAGCUUACCUCCUCCUCGUGGUAUACCACCAUCCCCACAGUCAAGAUCUAUGUAUGCUUUAGAUUUGAUGUUAAGUUGGGAAACAAAUGAAAAAGGUGAAAGAUAUAUGCAGCCACAGAUAUGUGAAGUUAAUUAUUCACCAGAUUGUGAUAGAGCUUGUAAAUAUCAUCCAUUCUUUGUUAACGAUGUAUUUAGUACUUUAUUCCUAGAUGAUAUUCAAGAUAAACAUGUCACGUUGUUAUAAAAUAUAUCAUCCAUUCUUUGUUAACGAUGUAUUUAGUACUUUAUUAUUUGAUGAUACACAAGAUAAACAUGUUACUGUAUUUUAAAAAAUAUCCAUUCUUUAUUCCUUGAUGAUACACAAGAUAAACAUUUUACAUUAUUAUGAAAAAUAUAAAAUAAUUAUAAAAUGGAAAACAUAUUAUAAUCAAACAAAGGUCAACUAAAUUGUUAUUAAAUGGAAUACAAUUACUGUUCAAUUAUUCAAUAUAAAGAGACACUUCGUCGACUAAGAUUCUAUAGUAUUAAACAUACAGUAGUAAACAGAAUUGUGUCCUUUGUAUUUUACAGUUCAACUACUAAAUGUAGUGAAACAAUUUAAUGUAACAAUAUAGUUUAAUCUAUGGAGACACCAUGAAUUAUGAAAAUAUACCACUUUGACAAACGGUUGAUUGUAAAGAUAGUUUGAGAGAUAAACUUUAAUCUUUCAAUUACAAAUAUAACAAAACUAGAUCAGGGCUAUAAUAAGUGAGAAUUCCACAGAAUGGGGAUGUUGAAAAUCUUGGGGCAGACAUUGGGUAUGAAAUGUUGUUUCUAAAUGUGUUGGUAAAUGUCCAGAUUACAAUCAUACCAAUUUCCACUACAUAUUUGGCCAGCACCUCCUGUCAAAUCAGUGGUGUGUUUUCAUUGCAUCUCAGAAUAUAUUACCUGUAAUCUUCAGCUGGAAUUAUGAAUAUAGAUAAAUAAAAUAACCUUAAUUGUCGGGUCCAACUCCAAUCAGUAAAAUUCGAGUAGCCCAUUUGAUAUGGUAAAUCUCUUGUAAGUUAGUUUAAUACAAUCCUCCAAAUAUUGUAAUUCAGCUGAAGGUACGGAGUGGCCAAGACCAAAAUAUUAUUCUUAAAUCUAUCAGAAGAUCCCCUGCAAGUCUGAACAACCUAUAGAGGGUCCACAAGCUAAAAACGCGAUUUUUCGUACAAUCAUAGGUCAUAAUCCAGGAAGCUACGGUCCGAUCUGCGCGAAUAUGGGAAUGAAUAUAAACAUAUAUUUUAAGUUUCAUCAAAAUCGGAUACGAAUUGUGAUCUUUAGAGGGUACACAACCUUGAUAUUACAUACUUUUACACUAUUUGCGUACGGGGAGCAGUCAUUUUGUCUGUUAGUUUUAUUUUUUACAUCGGAUAACAAUUGUCUAAAAACGCGAUUUUCGUACAAUCAGGGGCCAUAAUCCAGGAAGUUACAGUCCAAUAUCGAAACUAACCGAGAUCUUUGGGUUGUAAACAUAGUUUUAAGUUUCAUCAAAAUCGGAUAAAAAUUGUCCCCAAGCUAAAAACGUGAUUUUUAUAUGCCCACAUUUUUAUGUUGAUUUAUAUUGUCGUCGCCCCAGCGUCCGUCCACAAUUUGUUUGUGGACCCUCAACGGGUCACAAUUCUUAUCCGAUUUUGACGAAACUUGAAAUAUAGGUUUACAUGUAUUUCCAAAAGACCUCGGUUCCUUUCGACAUUGGAAUGUAUCGGAUCAAAACUUGGAUUAUGACCCCUGAUUGUACGAAAAAUCACGUUUUUAGCUUGUGGACACACUAGAGGUAACAAUUUUCAUCUGAUUUCGAUGAAACUUGAAAUGCAUGUUUAUAACCCAAAGAUCUUGGUUCCUUUCGAUAUUUGCACAUAUAUGAUUGAAAAUUCCCGAAUUAUGGCCCCUGAUUGUACAAAAAAUCGCGUUUUUAACUUGUGGUCCCUCUAGAAGUCACAAUUAUUAUCCGAUUUAAAAAAGCGUUCGAAUAUAUCACCGUUACUCCGUAAGGAAGGUUGAGUUCGAAUGUUAUCAACAUAUCAACUGUGAUUUGGCACUGUAUUAGUAUUGACAGGGGUCAUGACUAUAUCUCGGAUUUUUUCCCAUCACUUCAUGAUAUUUCCAAGAUGGCAGCCUUUUUUGGUGGGAAAAUGGGAGGAUGUGAAGAAUUUGUUAAAGUAGUUGUGUUUAGUGUCAAUAUAUAUGUUUUCUGGGUCGCAGAUUCCAUUUCUGACAUUUACAAGGUUGUAAAAUGAUGACAUGUUCACAUAAUUAGCAUAUUUCCAAGAUGGCUUUCAGUUUUGACGGGAAAAUGGGACGAUGUGAAGAUUUUGUUAAAGUAGUAGUGUCUGGUGUCAGUAUAUAUGUUUUCUGGGUCGCAGAUUCCAUUUCUGACAUUUACAACGUUGUAAAAUGAUCUCAUAUUCACAUAAUUAGCAUAUUUCCUAGAUGGCGACCAGUUUGGGCGGGAAAAUGGGACGAUUUGGAUUAAGUAGAAGUGUUUGGUGUCAAUAUAUAUGUUUUCGGGUCGUAGAUUCCAUUUCAGACAUUUACAACCUUGCAAAUUGAUCACAUGUUCACAUAUAUAGCUACGAGAACGUAGCUAAAAACGUUGAGAUAUACUGAUGUGCUUGUUUUUUGCUACGAUUGGGUGCCUUUAGUUCCAAGUGGCAAACUCAAUUACUUUCUUAAUGCAUGUAACAUCUUAAAAAUAAGAUAAUUUUAUACUAUUCUGACUAAUUAAACUCACAGAGGCCAAUGUAGUGGCACAACUGUCGCCUGACACCAAAUAUUCGCGUUUAAAUUAAUGAAGCGUUGUUUUUAUCCGACAUACACCGUCAUACAUCUCCCGUUUAAAAAUGGCGUUCCUAGUAACGGCUUAACGCCUCGAUUUUAAAUACGAUGAUUUAUACCGGUUUCAGGUAGGACUAUAUACUUAAUUGUAGUUGGAUGUGGCCAAACUAUUAUAAAUAACAAUAAUCAAUCGUUGUUGUGAUGAAAAAUAUUGUCAAAUUUGCUUACUGAGGGCUGAUGUGAUUUGCGUUGGGCUUUGCUCCAUGGAACUAUAUAGCACCAUCUGCUAUCUCGAAACACGGAGGGUUGAGAGAUGUGGUUUGUUAUCUAAUGUUCACAUAUUUCCAAGAUGGCAGCCAUUUUUGGCGGGAAAUGGGACAUGCACGGAUUUGGAUUAAGCAGUAGUGUUUGGUAUCAACAUAUAUGUUUACGGGGUCGCAGAAUUCAUUUCUGACAUUUACAACUUUGUAAAAUGAUCACAUGUUCGCACAUUUACAAUAUUGCUGCCACUUGUGGCGAAAAAAUCGAACGAUUUGCUGAUUUUGUUUAAGUAGUUGUCUUUGGUCUCAAUAUAUAUGUUUUCGGUGGCGCAGAUUCGAUUUCUGCCAUAUACAACUGCUUAAAAAAAUCAUGUUCACCAAUUUAGCAUAUUUUCAAGACGGCGGAACGUUUUCUAAACGCAUUAUUAUCAAAUAUUUACUUGUUGUUAUUUACAGGUUUCUGCGCCCAAUUCUGCUAUCGAUUUUCCUGGGAAGAAAGGCUAUUUACUUGGUCUCCUGACAUGAAGGCAAAGAGAGCGUAACGACAACGUGGGGCUUGCGCCACAUUGACACGCGCCCAUCAUGCUCCUGCUGCGACCACACCAAGCGCUUACUACGCCCAGCGCGCUCAAGAUUUUACUACGCUCAUGGCCAAGCUCUGGCUACGCGCACUGUGUUUCCGCCAUGCUCUCGCGGUUAGCGGUCAGACCGGGAUACGUUCUCACCACACUCCGGAGACGUGCCUAUCGGGCGUCAGUGGCCUUUUUGUCGCGUCUAUAGUAACUGCGUCAUACCUACCUUGUCCUCAUUCACUUUCAAAGCAGAGAACAACCAAACGCCAAGCAAUCAAGAACAUUUUUUAGUUUCUUGAUGUUUCCUCCUUGGAUGCUAUACUGCAGCUGAUGGUCGAGUCUUGGUACCUGCCCUAUAGAUACAAAAAGCGUAGCAAGCAUGUGGCUAGGAGCUUCGUUCCUGCCUGGUGGCAACGUGGUUGAAGGUGGUGGGGACGUGGCUGUAAAUGAAAUACUUGCUAAGAAACUUUCGUGACAUAGGCCAUAGAUUAUGUUAUCAACUGACUUCCAAGCUGAAUUUGGAAUGCUGUUGCGUUGGAAACAUAAAGUAUGUCACCACUAACACAACGACGUGGCCGCCUACUUAUCACUGCCACAAGUUCUUUCAAUGGUGAUGUCAGAGAUGACCGGUCACGUCGUCGUUUAAGUGGUGUUAUAGUUUGUUUUUCCAACGCAACAACAUUCCUUUGGACGACUCCUUCAACACGCAGCUUUGGGUCAGUUCAAUAUAAUCUAUGCCACGAAGGUUUUUAUAGCAAGUGUUACUAUUUCAUUUGCAGUCUUUGUUUUUGUUUCUGUGUAUACCGCUUUAUAUUUAACAUCAUACAUUUCUGUUCUACUUUUCAUUUAUUUAUUACCUUUUCAAAAGUUGUAAGUCUCACAUUUUUAACCAUCGUUAAUUUUGUAUCUAUACUUGACAGAUAACAUAAACUGAAAGUCUCGAUGGCUCCAUCAAGUCUUAAAAUCAGACUGAUCGACCAAGUAUAUGCGCUGUUUUCCUGGAAAAUCGAUAUUAGCUCAGUGGUCAAUUCAGAUGAGAAAUUCUCAUCGUUGGAUAAUAUACCUAAUGGGCAAGCAAUGGCGUGUAGAAACAUGCUACCAGCUUAUACAUAGCAGAAACCUUUUCAUUAAUGUAUUUAGAAAACGCCCGGUCACAAACGGCGGCCACCUUGGAAAUAUGCUGAAUGAGUGAACAUACCAACAUUUUACGCAGUUGUUAAUGACAGAAAUCGAAUCUGCAUCCCGAAAACAUAAUAUAUUGACACAAAACACGAUUAUUUAAUCAAAUUCAGCACAUCGUCCUAUUUUCCGAACACAAAUGGCAGCCAUAUUAGAAAUAUGUGAACAUGUGAUCAUAUUACUCAGUUGUAAACGGCAGAAAUGGAAUCUGCGCCCGAAAACAUAUUUACACCAAAAACGACUACUUAAUCAAUAUCAGCACAUCGUCCCAUUUUCCUUCCAAAAAUGGCCACCAUCUUGGAAAUAUGCAAAAUAGUUGAACAUGUGAUCAUUUUACACAGUUGUAACAUCAAAACCUUCAAAAUAAAGCUUAUUCCGCGAUUUCUACCCGAAAAGCCGACUGAUGGUAAUUAUGUAACAAACCCAAUCGGACUAUGGGUGGACUUAACCUGAUAAUGAUAAGAUGGUCACUCAGACUAAACGUCAUUCACUUUAUUACUGCCGGUAAAAUUAGUUUUAUGACCAUUGACCAUGGUUCGUAUUCUAUAAAGGUGGAGGUAUUUAAUUAACGGCAUUAAUGAAUAAUUAUGUUAUAAUAACAGAUACAUUAAUCAAUAAACAAGCCACCGAUUGGCAUAUUGUUAUAACACAUCAGUCAGAUGGUGGCAUGAUAUAAUAAUUGUUGUGACUAGCAAACAUACCCUAUUUCAAACAUUUUCCUUUCAGAAAUUAACAACGUAUCAUUUUUACUAACUGUAGACUUAAUCCAGAAUUCUCAAGGGUUUUUUUUAGUAAUAAUUACAUUGUACAAAGAACUUUGAUAGCACUUGCAACAAUAAAAUCAUGUGAUCAAGGC